GCAGAGGAAGGAGGUGAUGGAGCAGGGAGUAGGAGGAGGAAGAGGAGGAAGAGGAAGGUUGGAGUGAAGCGACCAGCAGCAGGUCUGACGGUGAUGAUGAUGGUGACGGUGAUGAUGGUGCGGCUGUGAGUCAGACGGCGGAGGACCCGGGAUGCUCACAGACGCUCCGGACUGAACGAACCGGGCAGACACGCAGAGCCGACCGCGAGCCGAACCCCAGAGGAUCCGGCGCCGACACGCACGCACACAGCUGAUUGUUCCAGAGUGGCAGGAGGACUUCAACUCCCAGAAUGCCUGAGCAGAGCAACGACUACCGGGUGGUGGUAUUUGGAGCCGGCGGGGUGGGGAAGAGUUCGCUGGUCCUUCGGUUUGUUAAAGGCACCUUCAGAGACACCUACAUCCCCACCGUGGAGGACACCUACAGACAGGUGAUCAGCUGCGACAAGAGCGUCUGCACGCUGCAGAUCACAGACACAACAGGAAGUCACCAGUUCCCCGCCAUGCAGAGGCUCUCCAUCUCCAAAGGCCACGCCUUCAUCCUGGUCUACUCCAUCACCAGCCGCCAGUCCCUGGAGGAGCUCAAACCCAUCUACCAACAGAUUCUGGCCAUUAAAGGGAGCGUGGAGUCCAUUCCCAUCAUGCUCGUGGGCAACAAGAGCGACGAGACAGCCCAGCGCGAGGUGGAGACGAAAAUGGGCGAGGCCCAGGCCACGUCCUGGAAGUGCGCCUUCAUGGAGACGUCGGCGAAGACCAACAGCAACGUGAAGGAACUCUUCCAGGAGCUGCUGGCGCUGGAGAAGAAACGGGACAUGAGCCUGAGCAUCGACGGCAAACGCUCGGGGAAACAGAAACGAGCCGACAAGCUGAAGGGGAAGUGCAGCGUGAUGUAGGGCGAGCGAGGAGCAGCGGCUGCAGAGGACUCGCUGUGGAUAGAUCCACGGAGGAGGCAGGCCGCCUUCACGCUCCUGAACCAGGAAGCCCAGAUAAAAGAGAACGCCUGUAACCUACUGAGACAGUCGAGCCUGGAGCAUUUACACCAGGCCUGAACUGGACUCUUUGUUGUCUGUACAUAUUCCUGUAGAACCUGAUUAGCUCCACUGUAAACAACACUAACCUUAAGACAAAGGGGGAAAAACAUGUUUUAUUACCAAUGUUUCAGUGGUUUCUAAACUUUGCUGGACCCGGAAAUACUUUAGGAUUAUAUAAUUUGGUGUUUCCGUCUGACAGUAAUGGCAGAGUACGUCGGUUUUACAGCAUGCACCUCAAUAUCAAGGCUUAAACUGCACUCUGAGGCUGAAAGCUGCAUCUAGUCGUCACUGACCGUGACUUAUCCGUACGCUUUUAUCUCUUCACUGGCUGCUUGUAUCGCAUGAGGAAAAGGAGGAAAUCUGGAAAUUCGGAUGCAACACGUUAACGGGUUCUGGGCUCGGAGGAAGAGGGGGGGUUCCCAGUUUGCAACAUCAGUGGUCAGCUGCUGGCAGAAAUGCAAUGUAAUAUUUCUAAUGUGGUUUUUUGUUGUCGUAGAACUGGAAAAAAGUGUCAUCGUAGUUUCUUUAGAGAUGCACUGAUCAGAGUAGAUCUCUCAGGCGGGGGUCUCUAGAUCCGUUCCUCCGGGACAUGUCUUCUGCAGCUUGUAGGCAUGUUGCUGGUCCUGCACACCUGAAUACAUGCCUCCUCAGCACGCAUUCAAGUCCCACAGAGCCUUGCUAAUGAGCUAAUUAUUGGUGUGGAAGCAGAGAUGCAUCCAGGGCUCCAGUCCUCCAGGACUUUUAGUUUCAGUCCCCUGUUCUAAAAGCUACAACACAUUCAAUUCCAUUUAUUUAAACUUUGAUUUAAUUCAACCAUUAAAUGCAACAAGCAUUGGUGGAGCUUAAAAGAAAAAUGUGCCUCAGGGUCCUUCAUGGAGAUAGUUAAAAAAAUGUAUGUACCAUUAUUGUCUCCAACCGUUAUUUGAUUUAAGCUAAAAUCUAUUCAACGUGCGUUAAAAGGCUGCUGCUCAGUUUGUUGAUGCGUUUACAGACUGAGGAAAGUUUAAGUUUUGUUUUUAUGCAUUUAAUGAACUAAAACUUUUUUUUUGUAUUUGACCUCCAGAUCACAAUCCAGAGAUUAUCUAAUUCUGACCAACUACUGCAACUUGAAUCCAAAAUUGCCCCUCUGAAAUUUUAAUUUUCUUAAGGAAGGAAUGAAGCGUUGAGUUUGUACUUUAGGGGAAAUGUUUAAAUAUUCUACUUGAUGUAAUCUGAACCUUGAGAUUUCACCAGAAUUUCCGUUUUGGGUCUUUGACGUGUAAUUUCUUACAAAUGUGCUGGUGAAGAUUCUCAGUCAUCCAGGUCAUGGUUAUUCCAAAAAAAAUUAAAAACAAAGCAACUGGACUUGUU